AAGAUAUUCCCGUUUACGACUGUACGAAGAAAAAGCACACCUUUCUUGUACAAACAAAUUUACCAGGGGGAUGAUACGCCUCAUGAUAAAAUGUGUAAACUGCAGAAUUAUGUGUAUUUUGCGCAUCUGCUGUCUUUGGGGAUCGGUGUUGUCUCGGGUAAUGGGAUAUUCCGUUUGCAUCUGAUAACGGUUUUGAAUGGGGACAACAGGCUGUUUGGGUAUUAUGCCGUUGGUCCGUUGUAUGAUGUUGCAUUUCGUCAAAUUAUCACUGAUUAUCCUUAUGUGUUUUCUCAUGUACAUGUCGUACAUACUAAUGCUAUUCACGAGCCCGGAAUGUUUAAUUGCCCAGAAGGAGCUGCAAACAUUUUAACAACGACGGAGAAAAUAUAUGCUGUGAUCCAACAGUAUCCACAUUAUUUCACAGUUAUAUUUUUCCCUGGAUGCAGUUUAGAAGUACUUGCUUUGGGCGAUUUUGCACGAGAGUGGGACGUGACGUUAAUCGCAGCAUUAGCCGGUGAUCAGGCAUUGGCUAAUAAGCAGCGUUAUCCGACAGUGGUGACCUUCCCCGCACCCGAUCAUGUGACAAUGCCUGCCGGAUUUGAGCUGUUUGCAGAGACAUACAAAUGGCGGACCAUUACGUUCCUCUGCGAUGGAUUAUCCCAGUUCCAAGCCAUGAGCACUUUCUACUUCAUAUCCUGUAGCAACAUUAAAAGGAAAUUAGAAGCCUCCACCCGAGUACAGUAUCAGAUCAACAAACUCGAGUUUGACUCAAAGUUUAACCAAGACUACGAAACGCUGCUGAGACUCAUGCAACCCCAGAGUCGAGUGGCCAUAAUAUUCAGCCAUCCUAGAAUUGUCCGGGAUAUAAUGGUCACUGCACAUCGUCUUAACAUGACAAACGGCGAUUAUAUUUUUCUUACGUCGCAAACCACGCGUGUGCCCCAGAUGACCGAUAUGAACUGGCAAUUUUUCGAUGGCAGUGACGAGGCGGCAUUUGACGGAUUCAGGUCAUUGAUUUCCUUUGUAAAUCCUAACCCAAACUGGGAUCGCAUUCAAGACGUGCUGGAUGAAGCAAAAAACAUUUCUCUAAUUCGUUAUAACCGCACUGUUACUCGUGACGAUCAGUUGAAUGACAUAUCAAUUUCCGCGUACGAAUCCGUGAUAGGAUUUGCCCAAGUUUUAAAUGAUACUUUAUCAGAAGUACCCAAUAUGACCGGCACACAAUUUGCACGGAAAUUCUGGGACCGGUCUUUUGAUUUCCCGUCCCGCAGUUUCCAUAUCGGACGUAAUGGUAUGCGCGUUAAUGAUGUGGUUUUCUCCCGGCUGAACACCACAUCCGGCAUUGUCGAAGACACGUGGCGAUAUUAUGCCGUUCCCAAGACAUUAGAAAAAUUAAAUCCGGAGCUGGCAGACGCUUGGCGUGACAAGCGCGGCCCUCCACCAGAUGUGCCGAAAUGUGGAUACCGCAGUGACCUUUGUGCUGUUAGCAAUCUCUCCCAAGGCAUCACUAUUGCAGUCAGCUGCGCGGUACCAGUGCUUGUGGCGAUUGGGUUGGCCCUUAUAGCUUAUUGGAAGUACAUGGAGCUGCAAGAAACGAGAAACCUUUGGUGGUAUCUAGAUUUGCACAAUUUUGAAAGCCCACAACUGCAAGUGUCACUCCAUAUCCACGAUCUGGAUCGUAAACCUGCUGCGGCAAAACUACAAAAAGACAAUAAACCUGCAGACAAACGGCGGCUAUACCAAAAACAACCGGUUACCCUAGAACAGUUCUCCGAUCAAGUUCUCUCUGCCGAGAAAAUACUGGAUCGCAAAGCCUUACGACCACGGCUAAUUUUGCUGAAACAUUUCCACCACGACAACAUCACCCGAUUUAUUGGUAUUUGUACAUCCACUAAUCCGAAUAUUGGCUCCUAUGCAGUAUACGAGUACGGCGCAAGAGAUACGCUGCACGUCUUUCUACACAACGACCGAAUUACCAUUGAUCAGACUCUACAAAGUUCCAUGAUCUGGGAAAUCAUAAACGGAUUGCGUUUUCUACAAAACUCUUCCCUCAAACAGCACGGAAUGCUGUCAAGUUUGAACAUUAUGAUGGAUAAAAGAUUUUCUGUCCGGAUAUCAUCAUAUGCGUUAGCGAAGUUUCGUAAAGCAUUUGGUGGACAUAUAUUCCCAACUAAUCUUCCAUUGGAUCCCACAAUGCUGUGGGCGGCGCCGGAAAUUCUAUUAGCCAAUAAGACCAGCGGCAGCCGUGAGGGAGAUGUGUAUAGCCUCGGUGUCAUUAUGACCGAAAUCUUCACCAAACGAACACCUCUUUCAACAAAUCUUGACGAUUACAACAGCAUAAAAGAAAACAUUUCGCUGUUGAAAGAGAAGCCCAGCAAAGUUAGGAUCGACGAAGUUUCUGAAGUGCCGAAAAACAUCCUUCCAAUAAUCGAGUCGUGCAUUGAUCCGGAUCACUCUAAACGACCAACUCUAUCGCAUCUGGUCAGCACACUGUCACGGGUGCUGUCCAACCGGAAGUUAGUGGAUACCAUACUAAGGCGGCUGGAAAACUAUGCCAAUGAUUUGGAAAAUAUGGUGGAAGCCAGAACGCAUGACCUUUUGGAAGAACAACGCAAAGUGGAUGUACUCCUUAAAGAAAUGAUACCGGCGUCACUCAUAAACAGCCUCCGAAAUAAACAGAUUGUCAACGCCGAAGACUUUGAUUGCGUGACGAUUCUGUUCAGCGAUAUUCCGCAGUUUGGACCGAUUUGUGCCCAGUCUGCUCCGCUACACACCAUUAUCUUGCUCAAUACACUGUACAGUACAUUCGAUAUGAUACUCCCAAAAUUCGAUGUGUACAAAGUGGAAACCAUCAAUGAUUCUUAUUUGCUGGCCAGCGGUUUGCCAAUCAGAAAUGGCAUUCAGCAUGCCGGCGAAAUUGCUCGAAUGGGUCUGGCCAUGCGCGAUGCAACGGAAACCAUCUCGUCUCCUCUCAAUUCGGCGGAGAAGUUGCAGUUGCGCGUGGGGAUCAAUUCAGGUCAUUGUGCCGCCGGAGUUGUUGGCUUGAAAAUGCCACGAUACUGUCUGUUUGGGGAUACGAUCAACACAGCGAGUCGCAUGGAAAGUCAUGGAGCUGUGUCAAAGAUCCACCUCAGUCGGUCAGCCAAAGAUCUUCUGGAUCAACUAGGAGGUUUCGUUACAGAAUCGCGUGGCAACAUUGUUGUAAAGGGAAAAGGUCAAAUGGAAACAUUCUGGCUCACCAGCACGUUUUGAAGAAUUACUGCGCAAUACGUCGUAGUGCGCGGUGACCUAUACCUCUCUGUCUCAAUAUGAAAAACGUUGCUGCAGUGGAAACUGCAAAAUAUUGGGUUGUUUACCAUUAGAUGUAUAGCUGACGUACGUC